AUGGCUGCCGUGAAAAAGAACAUUUUCAAAGGUGUGGCCCCUGUACAAGCUCAAUACACAGGAGGCUCUUCGCAAUCAAACACCAAACAUGGUUGUCUGCCAGUUGGGUUACCACAACUAUUACAAAUGGAGGAGAAGAAAUUUCUGUUGGCUGUUGAACGUGGCGAUAUGGCAAAUGUACGCAGAAUCCUACAAAAAGCCCACCGAAAACAUCACAUCAACAUCAAUUGCAUGGAUCCGCUGGGCAGACGUGCCUUAACUCUAGCCAUCGAUAAUGAAAACUUAGAAAUGGUUGAGCUGCUGGUUAUAAUGGGUGUCGAGACCAAUGAUGCUCUACUUCAUGCCAUCAAUGCGGAAUUUGUUGAAGCUGUUGAGUUGUUGCUGGAGCAUGAGGAACUCAUCUACAAGGAAGGAGAACUUUAUAGUUGGCAAAAAGUUGAAAUUAAUACAGCUAUGUUUCCACCGGAUAUAACACCUUUAAUUCUGGCAGCACAUAAAAACAAUUUUGAAAUUUUAAAAAUUCUAUUAGACAGAGGAGCUGCUGUACCAGUGCCACAUGACAUAAGAUGUGGCUGUGAAGAGUGUGUUCGUAUGUCUUCUGAAGAUUCUCUACGUCAUUCCUUGUCUCGCAUUAACAUCUAUAGGGCUUUAUCUAGUCCUUCUCUAAUAUGCCAGACAUCACAUGAUCCCAUCUUAACAGCAUUUCAAUUGUCGUGGGAGCUAAGAAAUUUGGCCUUAACGGAACAGGAAUGCAAAUCAGAAUAUGUGGACCUCAGAAGACAAUGCCAAAAGUUUGCCGUUGAUUUACUAGAUCAAACUAGAACCUCAAAUGAGUUGGCCAUUAUUUUAAAUUAUGAUCCUGAUAUGUCCACAUAUCAACCAGGAGAUAGAAUGUCCUUGAAUAGAUUAACACAAGCCAUCAACUAUAAACAGAAAAAGUUUGUGGCCCAUGCAAAUAUCCAACAAUUGUUAUCAUCCAUUUGGUAUGAAGGUCUGCCUGGUUUUCGCCGCAAAACUUUAUUUGAAAAACUAUUGUGCAUAGUCAAAGUAGCCUUAUUAUUUCCCAUCUACUGUCUUAUUUAUAUGGUGGCUCCGAAUUGCAAGACUGGCCAGUUAAUGCGUAAACCUUUUAUGAAGUUUCUUAUACAUGCCUCAUCAUAUUUAUUCUUUUUGUUCAUUUUAAUAUUGGUCUCCCAACGUGCCGAUGACGAUGUCAUACGUAUGCUGGGCUCUGAACGUAUGAAAAAGCAGUUAGCCGAGCAACAAUUGCGUCAACGUGGCCAAGGACCCACCAAACUAGAAAUGCUGGUGGUACUGUAUCUCUUUGGUUUUAUGUGGGAAGAGGUGCAGGAAAUAUUUAGUGUCGGCAUAAGAAAUUACUUGAGGAAUAUGUGGAAUUUUAUUGAUUUUCUAAGGAAUAGUUUAUAUGUCAGUGUCGUAUGUUUAAGAACCUUUGCCUAUAUACAGCAGGCCACGGAGAUAGCCAGAGAUCCACAAAUGGCUUAUGUACCUCGAGAGCAAUGGAAUGAUUUUGAUCCUCAGCUAAUAGCGGAGGGCUUGUUUGCCGCUGCGAAUAUUUUCUCGGCCCUUAAGCUGGUGCACAUGUUCUCGAUUAAUCCUCAUUUGGGACCACUGCAAAUAUCAUUGGGACGCAUGGUUAUAGAUAUUGUGAAAUUCUUUUUCAUUUACUCAUUGGUAUUGUUUGCCUUUGCCUGUGGCUUAAAUCAAUUAUUGUGGUAUUUUGCUGAUUUGGAGAAAAGUAAAUGCUACAUUUUGCCGGGUGGCCAGGCAGAUUGGGCUGGUCAUUCGGAUUCUUGCAUGAAGUGGCGUAGAUUUGGCAAUCUCUUUGAAUCAUCACAGUCUUUGUUUUGGGCCAGUUUUGGCAUGGUGGGUUUGGAUGAUUUUGAAUUGACGGGCAUUAAGUCCUAUACACGUUUCUGGGGUCUGCUUAUGUUUGGCUCUUACAGUGUCAUCAAUGUGAUUGUCUUGUUGAAUUUGCUAAUAGCCAUGAUGUCCAAUUCGUAUGCCAUGAUUGAUCAACAUUCGGACACCGAAUGGAAAUUUGCUCGCACCAAAUUAUGGAUGAGCUAUUUUGAGGAUACCAGCACUUUGCCACCACCAUUUAACAUCCUGCCUUCUGUCAAGUGGCUAAUCAGAGUGUUUAGAAAGUCAAGCAAAGAGAUUGAUCGCAAACGUUCCAAGAAACGUCAGGCUAAGGAACAAGAAAAUGCUUAUGACAGCAUAAUGCGCUCUUUGGUUUGGCGCUAUGUUGCUGCCCAAAAUCGCAAGUUUGAAGAUAAUCCAGUGACAGAGGAUGACAUCAAUGAAGUCAAAAGUGAAAUAUCCACAAUGCGUUAUGAAAUGUUGGAGAUAUUUGAAAACAGUGGCAUGGAUGUGUCAUCGGCUGCUAAAAAGGAGAAACCCUGCCGUGCCAAGAAAACCAAGGUAUGGGAGCGUCAGCUAAUGAAAGGAUUCCAGGUGGCACCCUGUCAAAAUGUCAGCGAGGAAAAACUUAAUGGCAAUGUGAAUGGUGAAGGUGACAUCAACGAAAUCCGAGUGGAGAAAGAUCCCUCUAGACCAGACAAAGAAACACCAAAGCAACGAUUCCAAAGAGUGGCGCGGCAAGUGGCACAACAAUCCACGGCACACAAAUGGACAGUAGUGUUGCAGGGCACCCUAAAGGACUCACAAAUUGGUAGAUGCUCUAAGGAAGGUGUCAAGAAUUUACAGCAUCUAAGUAAAGCCUUAGAGGAAGCUAAAAAAUUAAUUUUACAAUCCCCGCCUACGGUUUCAGGCAGAGAAUCUCCCAUAGCGGUGGAAUUUGAAGAUGAAAAAACUGCUACUUUAUUGGAGCUAUUAAAUCAAAUCAGUGAAGAGUUAAAAGAUAACAAAUCUACCACAUUACAGCAAAGAUUAAAAGCAGAGGAAAUUAAAAAUAAAUUUCUUCUACAGCCGCCCCGGCCUCCCCUAGCCAAAGACAUUAAACCUAUUAUAAAAGAGUAUGGAGUCAAUUCACCUGCUUCUUUAAAUCUCAGUAAAUCCGUAACCACUAGAACCCAAACUUUACCAGAAAUACAAACAGCUAAAAAAGCACCCACAAAGUCUAUGGGUUACCCAAAAGGCAUUGAAUUGACUUUAUCGGCAAAUCAAUUAGCUAAAUCUUUUAACAGUAAAAAAGCAGCUCCCUUAGCACCUACUGGACCUAAGCCCGUACACAGUACACAUACACCCUUUGCUGUGGAAAUGGGUAAAGCUGGUCGUAAAGCGGGCUAUGCUAGACCACCAAAUGCUUCUGCUUACGAGAAUAUACCCUCAAAUUUUAACUUAAAUGUGGUGGAUUUGGAAGAUGACAGUGAUAUGAUGGAUAAUAUUUCACAAUUCAGCUCAGAUGCUUAUAAUUCUCCUAAACAUGAAGAAAAGAAAUCAAAGAAAUAA